AUGGACAUGAGGUUGCAGACAGUAGAAACAGGAGCCCCAUUGCCCCCUGGAAUCCUGUGUCAAGCACCUGCUUUGCCAGACGGGCUCCCAGACACAGAUGAAUUCACCUCUCCCCAUUCACCCAGCAGCUGGGGGCUUAUUGCUGCACUCUAUCACACGAAAUCUCCGCUGGGCCAGAAGUCUCGCGAGACGUCCUGGGCUGGGAAAGAUGGCCAGCCUGCUGGGGAAAAGGUCUACCGGUGCAACCGCAGCCCAGGCACCCCCAUUAUCCUGGGAGAACUUGCAGAAGUAGCUGAGAGCUCUUCCAUUCCUGACGGUGAGCCGUGGUGUCCAGAAACGAAGCAGAAAGAUGAAGAUGCUGAGACUAAUACAACCUUCAGACAUACACAUUGGAGGAAGUGGAUUUUAUUCCGCAAGAAGAUGCAGCAUCAUUCUCUGAAGAUUGAUCCCCAAAAGCGGUCAAAUGCUGUGCAGGAGAGUGAGGAUAAGAGAGAACAUCCUAGCAUAUCACAAGGAGGAACGAAGGGUGGAGUGCUGAAAGAGGUCUUGAGCAAUCCGGAGAGAUCCAGAAGGAAGGAGGGAAAAUACACAAAAGAGAAGGACAAAUCCAUUUCAACUCAGAGCGGGUUCCACCUUGAACAAGAAGAACAAACAGGAAAGGGACACAGAAAGCACCUGGAUGCUCAUUUGAGAAUCCACAUGGCAGAGAAACCCAGUCAAAGCUCAGAGUCUGUGAAAAGAGACUGUCUGAGCAAACCAACUGUAAAAGCUCCAGUGCUUGACACAGAGGGGAAAUGUCAUACUGGUUUGGAGUGUACAAUGAGCUUCACACAGAGCUCACAACUUACAACACACCAUCAACAAAUUCACUCUGCAGAGGAACUGUAUAUGUGUACAGAACGUGGAAAGAGCAUCCAAAAACAAAAUCUCGUAGCGUAUCAAAGGUGUCAUACAAGGGGGAAAUCCUUUAAAUGCUCCUGGUGUGAGAAAAGCUAUGGGGAUAGCUCAAAACUUAACAGACAUGAAAGAGUUCAUACAGGGGAGAAACCCUAUAAAUGUGCAGAAUGUGGAAAGGGCUGCAUUGAUAACUCACAUCUUAUUACACACCAACGAAUUCACACAGGAGAGAAACCCUAUACAUGUAAAGAAUGUGGAAAGAGCUUUGCUCGGAGGGCAACCCUUAUUACACAUGAAAGAAUUCACACAGGAGAGAAACCCUAUACAUGUAAAGAAUGUGGAAAGAGCUUUUCUCAGAAGGCAACCCUUAUUACGCACAAAAGAAUUCACACAGGUGAGAAACCCUAUACAUGUAAAGAAUGUGGAAAUAGCUUUUCGCAUAGUUCAUCCCUUAUUACGCAUGAAAGAAUUCACACAGGAGAGAAACCCUUUCAAUGCUCAAUAUGUGCAAAAUUCUUCAAAACAAGCUCAGGCCUUUCCAAACAUAAAAGAAUCCACACAGGGGAGAAACCCUAUACAUGUAAAGAAUGUGGAAAGAGCUUUACUCAGUGGCCAACCCUUAAUAAGCACAAAAGAAUUCACACAGGUGAGAAACCCUAUACAUGUAAAGAAUGUGGAAAGAGCUUUUCUCAGAGGCCAAACCUUAUUAAGCACGAAAGAAUUCACACAGGGGAGAAACCUUAUAAAUGUUCUAAGUGCAGUGAAACAUUCCGUUACAGUUAUCAGCUUGCGAGACAUCAAAGAACUCAUGCACAGGAGACUCCCUAG